AUGAUGAAGAGCCGCCAAUCAGAGCCAUAUUAUGAAACCCUUGAGACAUAUCAAGGCCUGCCUUGUCCUUAUGGUGGCUACUGUGGAUUCUACUAUUGUGUAGGUUCUUUGAUCAAAAGGGAUCAAUAUAACCUGCCUAGCUUUCAGACCAAGUACGAAGAAGCAAUGUUCUUUGUGAUAAAAUCUUAUCGCGAAGACGACAUUCACAAGAGCAUCAAGUACAGUGUUUGGUCUAGUACUCUAAAUGGGAACAAGAAGCUAGACAGUGCGUAUCAAGAAUCUCAAAAGAAGGUUGCAGAGAAAAGUGGAACGUGCCAUGUCUUCCUUUUCUUCUCGGUGAAUGCAAGUGGUCAGUUCUGCGGUGUAGCUGAGAUGACUGGGAGAGUUGAUUACGAGAAGAGCAUGGACUUUUGGCAGCAAGACAAGUGGACUGGCUAUUUUCCGGUCAAGUGGCACAUAAUCAAAGAUGUUCCAAAUCCGCAGUUAAGGCAUGUAAUACUAGAGAACAAUGAGAACAAGCCUGUAACGAAUAGCAGAGACACACAAGUGAGGUUGCUACAAGGGAGUGAAGUGUUGAACAUAUUCAAGAACUAUGUGGCAAAGACAUCUAUAUUAGAUGAUUUCGAAUUUUACGAAAAUAGAGAGAAGGUUAUGGUUCAGAAGAAGCUGAGGUUUCCCCCGGUUCAGAUAAAGAAGAAAGAAGAAGACUUGGUUGCUGAUUUCCAAACAGUGGAGAUAUCAAAGAGCGAAAAACAUACAAUGACAGAAACUGUGAAGUAA